UGUUCAGACAGCUGAAAAGCGAGUGCGAAUCCACAAAAAAAAAAGAAAGAAAAAAUAAAGAAAAGUGAUCGCCCCCAAACCAAAACAAGACUUGUUGCUUUGCACUGCUGCCAGAAACAGCACGGACACAAUGCAUGUCAAAUGGACUGUAACAUUCCAGGCAUUUUCAGUGUGAGUGGUAAUUGCUUUCUCUCUAAGUUUGGCUGUGUGGUGUGCAUUUUGUGAAUCCUUCCUACACCCACAAUUAGUAAAUGAGGUUCAGCUUUCCUACUGUGACUUCAUCUUGUGAGGUACAGACCAGAAAUCUCUUCUUUAUCUGUCUUUUUAACAUGGAGUGCAAAGGAUUUUUUUGUUUGUUGUAUGUGGUUGUAACCCUAAAUGCUCUCAGUGGCUUGAGGUUUGUAGAGAAACUUCCUGAAGAUUUUGAAAACAGGGAUCUUAGCAAGGCCAUUUUGGAGAUGCUUCACAUCAAUAAGCUGUCGGUUCCUCAGCAAGCAAAGCCACAUCCAUAUAUGAAGCAAAUUUACCAUCUUCUGAGCACACAGGAGUCGAGGACGAGAAGCAAUUCAGAUGGGACUCUGGUGCAGAGUUUCCGAAGUGUACAAGGCACAAAAUAUAGCAAACCUGGUUGGAUCUGGUUCAACUUGUCAUACAUACAACCCUCCAUGUCUGUUGCUGAGUUGAUCUUACUGAGAAAAACCCUACACCCUGAACCACUUACAGUAACCGUGGCUGUACAUAGCCUCUCAUAUGGAGCAGGGAACCUGAGCAUAAGUGGCCCCCUCACUGAGUACCUGCUUACUCUGGACCAGCUUCCUGCAUCAGGCUAUGAUGUGUUCAAUGUGACAGAGUCUUUACCUCACCACAUCCAUGGACCACACAUCCUGGGCUUCCAGCUGCGCUUUAGGGAUGAAAGUGGCAGCCUGGUGCUCCAUGAGGCCCUAACACAGAGCUUGUACUGCCUAAACACAAGCUCUCUAAGCCAGCCUCUGCUGGUGACUUACAAGGUGAAGCCAACAGAGCGGCCGAUUUCUGAGCGCAGGCAGAGACAAUACUGUAGAGAGAGCACUCAUCUGAUAAAACAACAUUCACAACUGAGACAGCAAAGAAGCACAAAUGACACAACAUGCAUGCUUUAUGAACAUCUUGUUGAAAUAAAUAAAACUGAACUGAGUCAAUGGAUACUGCAGCCAACUGAAUUUAACAUCAGCUUCUGCAGGGGUUUGUGCAUGAAGGAACAGGCAAAUCAUACUCUGGCUCAUCAGAAAACAAAGGAUAAGCACUUGGAAAAUAACAAAAGUCCACACUGCACCUCACAGGAGACGUCUCCUCUCACGGUGAUGUAUCGGACCGCCUCAAAUGAAAUCGUCAUAAAGCAGAUAAGAGAUAUCAGGGCACAGAGAUGUGUUUGCUCAGACAAUAUUAGAUCAAGUAUUAAUGGGUGA